CUAUAGACAAUUCAAUCUCUUCUCUCUCUAUAGACCAAUAUUUUUCUCUCUCUAAAAUUUUCUCUCUUUUUUCUCUUGUUUGUGCUAAUUUGCCUGAACUCUUUUUUGUUUUUUGUUUUUUUUUUUUUUCAAAAUUUGCUUCCUCUACAAAGCUUUUGGCUUUCUCCUUUAUCUCUCUUUAUAGUUCUUGCUUUUCUAUUUGGGUUGUUUUGUGUUCUUUAAGUGGUUGUUGCUAUUAUGGCUGGUCGUCAUAAUGAUCCUAACCCUUUUGAUGAAGAAGAAGUUAAUCCCUUUUCUGAUCCCGUUGUAAGGGGGAAAGCAAGUAGUCAGCAGAAGUUCAGUGGAGGUGCAUUUUACACAGCAAGUGCUCCUCCUCCUUCAAACUCGAGGCUUUCACCACUUCCUCCUGAACCUGCCGAUUUCGGCUAUGAUCAUGGAGCAACAGUUGAUAUUCCAAUUGAUUCAGCUACGGAUUUGAGGAAGAAAGAAAAGGAACUCCAAGCUAAGGAAGCGGAACUGAGAAGGCGGGAGCAGGACGUAAAACGGCGUGAAGAUGCAGCUGCACGAGCUGGAAUUGUGCUGGAGGAGAAAAAUUGGCCACCAUUUUUUCCUAUUAUCCAUCACGAUAUUGCAAAUGAAAUACCAAUUCAUCUACAACGAAUUCAAUAUGUUGCCUUCACAACAUUUUUAGGACUGGUUCUUUGUCUUUUCUGGAACAUUAUAGCUGUUACAACGGCAUGGAUUAAAGGCGAAGGGGUUAAAAUCUGGUUUCUUGCUGUUAUUUACUUCAUAGCCGGAGUUCCUGGAGCCUAUAUUUUGUGGUAUCGUCCACUUUAUCGUGCAUUCAGGAAUGAAAGUGCUUUGAAGUUUGGAUGGUUUUUCUUGUUUUAUUUGGUUCACCUUGGUUUCUGCAUCCUGGCAGCAGUUGCUCCUCCUAUAAUUUUCAAAGGGAAAUCUUUCACUGGCAUCCUGUCUGCAAUAGACGUCGUCGGUGACCAUGCUUUAGUUGGGAUCUUCUACUUUAUUGGAUUUGGAUUUUUCUGCCUUGAGUUGGUGCUCAGCAUCUGGGUUCUUCAGCAAGUAUACAUGUAUUUCCGCGGCAGUGGUAAAGCUGCUGAGAUGAAGCGAGAGGCUGCAAGAGGAGCAAUGCGGGCAGCAAUAUGAUGAUGAUUCUAUAUGGUUGACGACUGUAGAGGGGCAAAUAUUCGGACCUUAUUAUACGAAUGGUGAUAGUGUUUCUUUUAGGUUGUAUAUGCGCUUAGCCACAGUAUGUUUUGGAUAAAUUGCUGGCUUGAGUGGAUGCUGGACCGAUGACAUUUUACUUGUUAUUAAAGCUUUGUUCGAGUGCUAUUUCCUUGUAAAGCUUUAGCUCAAUAAUUAAUUAAUAGGUUCACAA